CCAAUAUGCAAAUGAAGCAAAUAGUUAUAAACAACAUGGAGUCCAUGGAUUCGAGAAGGGUGUCCAUGGAUCAUCUUAAAGUUGAAGGGACUGUAUAGCUAUAAGCAUGGAAGGAAAAUCAAAAACAUAUUUGAUUUCAAAGAAAAAUAUAUACUGGACAUUGUGCAAUUGACAGGCACAAUUAUAGCAAAACAGAAAAAGAAGAAGACACAUAAUUUUAUAUGAAAUACUGGAGAAAUUUGGAUAGAUAUCUAUAUAAACAGAGAGAGAAAGAAUUUUUUAAAAAAAUAUUAGUGGGAAACACUAACUAUUCCUCACAAUGAAUCGUUACAAUAUUUCAAAACAGCUUGGAGAUGGGACAUAUGGCAGUGUAUUACUGGCCACUGCAGCAGAGUCAGGGGAAAAAGUGGCUAUUAAAAAAAUGAAGAAAAAGUACUACUCGUGGGACGAAUGCUUAAAUCUAAGGGAGGUCAAGUCCUUACGAAAGUUGAACCAUGCCAAUAUAGUCAAGUUGAAAGAAGUAAUCAGAGAAAAUGAUCAACUGUUUUUUGUUUUUGAAUUCAUGAAGGAGAAUUUAUAUGACAUGAUGAAAUCGAGAGACAAACUCUUUCCUGAAUCUGCUAUUAGAAACAUUACAUAUCAGGUGAUGCAGGGGCUUGCUUUUAUGCAUAAACAUGGCUUUUUCCACAGAGAUUUAAAGCCAGAGAACAUUCUGACCUCAGACCUAGAUUUAGUUAAAAUAGCAGACUUUGGCUUGGCCAGAGAGACACGGUCACGGCCACCUUACACUGACUAUGUGUCCACUAGAUGGUAUCGUGCCCCAGAAGUCCUUCUCAGGUCCACCAAUUACAGCUCCCCUAUUGACAUGUGGGCAGUUGGGUGUAUCAUGGCAGAACUGUACACGUUACGCCCUCUUUUUCCUGGAAGUAGUGAAAUUGACGAGAUUUUUAAAAUCUGCUCUGUCCUGGGCACGCCAACAAAGAUGGACUGGCCAGAGGGACAUCAAUUAGCAGCAGCCAUGAACUUCAGGUGGCCACAAUGUGUUCCCACCAAUCUUAAGACACUUAUCCCAAAUGCUAGCAAUGAUGCUAUCAGUCUCAUGAGAGAUCUCUUGCUCUGGGACCCUAAGAAACGGCCAACAGCGAGUCAGGCACUUCGAUAUCCUUAUUUCCAAGUUGGUCAGAAUCUUGGAGUUAAUACAACACAAACACCGCAACAGAGGAACACUGUGUCUUCUCAUCAGGCCCCCCAGCAAGUGCACAGGCCUUUACAAGAGCAGAAACAGAAUGUGUUACCUGCCAUACCUAACCAAGCACAGAAACAGACAACAAAUGAAUUUACUACAACUAAAAAGAGUGGUACAUCACGGAAGCGCUGGGGUGCUGGUCAUGACAGCUGGGAUGACUGGGAUGACAUGGACUUUAGUUCUAGUAUAAACAAAAAGCCAUUGGCUCAUGUAGGAAAGAAACAGACGGAUGAUGACUUCUUGAGUAGUCUUAAAGAGAAGCCUGUCCACAAGCCAGUUGGUGCUGUUGGUAGAAUGGGCUCUGGGAGAUCCUCAGCAUCUUCAGCAAAGCAACAUUACUUGAACAAGGCCAGGUAUCUACCAGGUAUCAACACACGAGAAAGUGCCAAAUACAGUGCCUCUACUUGGGGGACAAAUAAAGCCAAUGUAGGGACCAUGAACAUUAACAGGACAAAUAAUGCUAAUGCAGGGGGCACUACAACAGGCUAUGUCCCCUCCUUCUUGGGCUCUGCAAAUAAAAACAAUUAUGGAGCUGGAGGCUGGAAAAGACAGCAGCCCACAGUGUUACCGUCACUUAAUAAGAAUUCGGCAGGUGUCCGGUCAGGGCAGCAGGUGCAGGUCACUGGAAGGACGGACUGGGCAGCUAAAUACUUGAAGUGAUUCUAUAGAUGUCUGUAAAGGCUGUUAAAUUGAUCAGCAAACCAGAGGAGAAAAAUCUUUAAAUGAAGAAAAAAGAAUCAUGAACUCUGCGAUUUGCAAAGAAAUAUCUAGCUUAUGACAAUCGAGCAGUUUUAUGAAAAGACAGAUUUAAAGAACAUGUUGUGUAAGUCCAGUUUUAAGUUACAUUAAGGAGUCCUACAAGACUAAGUGCACGUUUGUUGAUCAUAUAUCAACUGCUGUUAUAGGAAUGGUACAGAGAUCUUGUUAAUUUUAUGUACAUAUAGAAUCUGAACAGAUCUUUGAUGGUGUUCCUCAUUCAUUGUGGAUCAUAUAAUGCAUCAAAUAUUUAUUGACAUUAUGAAAUUUCUCACAUUGUUCAUUUCAAGUUUGUUUUUAAAUAUCAAUCAUCUUUGCAAUGUAUAUAUUAUAGCUAUAUAAGCAGAUAUUUUACAACUAAAAUAACAUGUUGUACUGGUUGUAUAAAUAGUUUUUCUGAACUGUACAAUGUAGUUCAUAUUAAUGUGCGACUUUAUUUAAUGAUAUGACAUUUCCAUGACUAGUGAUGACUUUUUGUCAGUCUGCUUCAUGAAUAUCCAUUUGAUUCUUCAAUUUAACUUUCCCUCCUAUUUUUUUAAUUGCCUUUGAAUGUUUUAGAUCUUACAUGUUGCUAUGCUUUAGCUGUAAAAUUGCUUUUGGAAAACAUAAUAACAGUCAGUCAAAAUCAGAUAUACCAGUGGAAAAAAUGCAGAAGCACAAUGUAUCUUAAAAAUUGAUCUAGAAAGUGAAUGAAAGAUGACCCAUUGGACAUCAGCACUGUACACCCUCAUUUCAGGAUUUGUUCAUAAUGAUUAUUCAUAUUUCAUUUCUUUAUGACUACUGACUAUAAAUAUUUUUAAUUAUUAUAAUUGCUUUACUGGCCUAGUUUAGGAUGUAUAUUUGUCAUGCAGUCAACCUGAACAGAGAAUUUUUUUAAAUUCAUUAUUUGAAACUUGGAAUGUACCUGUCAUGAAUGCAAUAUUACUUGCUUGGUUGUAGUUUACCAAAUGAUACAUCUCUGUAUAUUAAAAUUACAGAAUAAAUCUCUUAUUGUAAAUUUA